AUGUCUCAACCCGAUGUCGAGGCCGCUACAGCCCUCAAGCUACAAGGCAACAAAUGCUUUGCGCAGCAUGACUGGCCCGCGGCUCUAGACUUCUAUACCCAAGCCAUCGAGCUGUAUGAUAAAGAGCCAUCGUUCUACUGUAACAGAGCACAGGUACAUGUUAAACUAGAAGCCUUCGGAUUUGCGAUUGCAGAUGCCACCAAGGCCAUUGAGCUUGACCCUAGUUAUGUCAAGGCGUACUGGCGCAGAGCUGUUGCAAAUACUGCCAUCCUUAACUCCCGCGCAGCCCUUAAAGACUUUAAGACCGUUGUGAAAAAGGCCCCGCACGACCGUGAUGCGAAACUCAAAUUGGCAGAGUGCGAGAAGCUCGUACGGCGGAUUGAAUUCGAGAAAGCCAUCGAGGUCGCUGAUCCUCCAUCGGCGUUUGAGGGACUCAAUAUUGAAUCGAUGGUUGUGGAUGAUAACUAUGAUGGUGUACGAUUGGAGGAUAAAAUGACCCAAGAGUUCAUUGAUGACAUGAUAAAACGAUUCAAGAAUGGAAAGCAGAUACAUAAGAAAUAUGCGUUCCAGAUAGUGAAAGCUGUGCGGGAUAUUGCAUACAAUGAGCCUACCAUGGUUGAAAUUGGCGUUGAAGAAGGCUCUAAAUUAACAGUCUGUGGUGACACACAUGGCCAGUUCUUUGAUCUUCUCGAAAUAUUCCGUCUUAAUGGCUUCCCCUCUGAUAAACAUUCUUAUCUCUUUAAUGGCGAUUUCGUUGAUCGCGGCAGCUGGUCUUGUGAAAUUGCCCUCCUUCUUUAUGCCUACAAAUGGAUGCGCCCCAACUCCUUCUUCCUCAAUCGCGGAAAUCAUGAAACCGAUGAUAUGAACCGCGCGUACGGCUUUGAGGGAGAAUGCAAAGCCAAAUACUCCGAACGUCUAUUCAAGGUCUUCUCUGAAUCCUUCAGCGCACUCGCCCUUGCGACCUUGAUAGGAGAGAAGUAUCUAGUACUCCAUGGCGGCUUAUUCUCAGACGAUAAUAUCUCCUUGGCCGAUAUCAGAGCUCUGAACAGACAUAACCAGCGCCAACCUGGCCAGUCUGGUUUGAUGAUGGAGAUGCUCUGGACUGAUCCUCAGGUCAUGCCUGGUAGAGGACCUAGCAAGAGAGGUGUUGGUAUGCAGUUUGGCCCAGACGUCACUAAACGGUUCUGUGAGAAGAAUGGUCUUGAGGCUAUCAUUCGAAGUCAUGAAGUUCGUAUGGAGGGUUAUGAAGUUGAACACGAUGGAAGAUGUAUCACUGUCUUCUCUGCCCCCAAAUACUGUGAUAGCACUGAAAACAAGGGUGCAUUCAUUAACAUUGGGCCCGAACUCAAGCUAGACUUCCACAAGUUCGACGCUGUCCCACACCCUGACAUCAAACCAAUGGCAUACGCCAACAACUCGAUCAUGUCUCUGAUGUAG